AUUUGGUAUUUACUACUGUCCGUACGUACAAAAACCGCGCUCCCUGUCUCUGUGCGACACGACACGACACUUCGCUAUCCGAGCCGAGCCCUGACUCUCUGCCUUCUCUCUCUAUUUCAUUCUGCUUGCGUUCCUCGGGAGGCACGGUGGGGGCGGAUACAUUUGAACGGAGAGAAUCGGCUUCCCGGCGACGCUAGUCAGCAUUUUCCCGCUGGAAGAGUUUGGGAUUGUUGGAGAAAGAGCACAAUGCUUGUGAAAGGAAACGCUUGGAUGAGAUUCUGGCGGUGAGCGCACUUCGAGGAUUGUGAUUUUGAUUGUUUGCAGGGGAGGGAGAGAGAGAGAGAGAGAGAGAUGAGAGAGAGAUUGAGGAUUUUGUUGUCGUUUUUGUUGUUGACGGCGAUGGCGGUGGUGCUGGGGUUAUCAGUUGCGGCGGGGAGCGAAGCGAGGGGGUUUCGGAGGAACGCGUACGCAACGAUGAUGUACGUGGGGACGCCGAGGGACUACGAGUACUACGUGGCGACACGUGUGAUGAUUAGAUCUCUGGCCGGCCUUGGCGUCGACGCCGAUCUCGUCGUCAUUGCCUCCCUCGACGUUCCUCUCCGUUGGCUCCAAGCUCUGGAACAGGAAGAUGGGGCAAGGGUGGUGAGGGUGGAGAAUCUGAAUAAUCCAUAUGAGAGUCAACCCAAUUUUGACAUGAGAUUCAAGUUAACGAUGAACAAACUCUAUGCAUGGAGCCUAGUGGACUAUGACAGGGUGGUUAUGCUUGAUUCUGACAACCUCUUCCUCCGAAAAACAGAUGAGUUAUUCCAGUGUGGCCAGUUUUGUGCAGUUUUCAUUAAUCCCUGCAUCUUCCAUACUGGCCUUUUUGUACUACAGCCAUCAAUUGAGGUGUUCAAGGAUAUGCUGCAUGAGCUGGAGAUUGGGAGAAGCAACCCAGAUGGUGCUGACCAAGGUUUUAUUGGAAGUUAUUUUCCAGAUUUGCUUGAUCAACCAAUGUUCCAUCCACCUGUCAAUGGUACCAAGCUUGAAGGACAAUACAGACUUCCAUUGGGAUAUCAAAUGGAUGCCUCAUACUACUAUCUUAGGCUCCGAUGGAGUGUACCAUGUGGGCCUAACAGCGUGAUUACAUUCCCAGGCGCGCCAUGGUUGAAGCCAUGGUAUUGGUGGUCAUGGCCUGUAUUGCCACUAGGCCUGCAAUGGCAUGAAAGACGUCAUCAAACUCUUGGUUAUAGUGCAGAGAUACCUGUUCUGCUGAUCCAUUCAAUAUUUUACAUUGGAAUAGUUGCUGCUUCAUGUCUAGCUCGGCCAAGCCUUUCUAAGCUCUGUUACCACCGGGCAGGCAAGAGCAUCUCUUUGAUACAAGUCGGUCUCAAGUUGAUAGCUAUAUCAUCCAUUCUUGGAGCCUAUAUACUCCCGUUCUUCCUAAUUCCUCACACAGUUCAUCCACUACUUGGCUGGAGUCUUUACCUGCUAGGUGCUUUCGCACUUUCUUCCAUUGCAGUCAACACCUUUCUGCUUCCAUAUCUGGCAGUUCUAGUGCCCUGGCUUGGGAUUAUCGGGGUGCUUUUGGUUAUGGCAUGCCCUUGGUACCCCAAUGGUGUUGUGAGAGCUCUAGCUGUGUUCGCUUAUGCCUUCUGCUGUGCACCUGUAGUCUGGGCUUCAUUUGUUAAGAUUAUGUCCUGCCUUCAACUUUCACUGGAAAGGGAAGCCUUCUUGCCGAGGUUGGGUGAAUCUGCACCGCCUCCUGGGUACAAGCUGUGCUAAGUUACAACUUACAAGCAAGUUCAUUACAAUUUCAACUGCUUGGUAAAAGGGGUUCCCUGAAGAACUUUCAUGGUUCGUAGAGCUCUGCUUGUUUAUGCUGGGGAGAAAGUGAGAAGGAAAGAGAAGGGAAAGAAAAUUUUGUAUGGGCUGCCCCUCCUUUACAUCUUUUCUUCACAGGGUUAGAGAGGCCGGCCUUUUGCUCUCCCAUUGCAUAUAAUUAACCAUACGGUGCCUAUGAGGUUUCUUCAUAUUGCAGUGGAGAAACUGCUCUAGUUUUAGAUUUUAUUAUGAAUUUGUCAUUGUAAUUGGAACAAAUUAUACCAGUGAUUUUAACACUACAAUGUGUUACCCAUUGUAGUGUUGGUUUGCUAUAGCACAUUUGAUUUCUUUCUUAUUUGAGAA